AUGGCACAAGUAGGAUCAUCAAGUAACACAUCGCUGCCCUACUCGAACGAAGAACCCAUAGAGCUAUCCACAGAUAUACAUACACCGACACACAUCGAAACACGGCCGUCUUCACCUUUCCCAGAGUCUCCAAUCCCACCUGAAGUCGAAACCGAAGCAGCAACUUCCUCACAGCCCGAUGCCAAUGAAACUGAUGAUACCCCUGGUACCAGCGCCACUGAUAGACUCAUCCCAUCAGAGUUAAGAGAAAGAACCGCCAGACACAUAGGGAACAUAGGGAGACAUUUCAAUAUCCUUGAUCGUGUAUUCCGAAGGAGAUCCAACAACACGGAAGAUCUUACGCAUCAUCCUCGAGGUGAAGGUUUCGACGGUGUGUUCAGAAAUUUAACCGCUAAACCUGAAGCUAACGAUAAUGCUGCAAGAGAAAACCAAAACGAUACUCCUCCUACUUAUGAUGAGGCCGCCGCAGAUAUGGUACCAUCUUAUUAUGGUAUGGAUAUGAGUAGUGAGAUGUACGCUGAUGAGAUUUGUAUAGAAGGUUUACCCGUGGGGAAUAUUGCAAAUUUGUUUUGGAAUAUUAUUGUAAGUACUAGCUUCCAAUUCAUUGGGUUCUUAAUCACUUAUAUUUUACACACAUCACAUGCUGCAAAGCAAGGUUCAAGGUUUGGAUUGGGACUGACUUUCAUUGGUUAUGCUUAUUCAAUGAUUCCUAAUAAUGUGACUUCGAAAGUUGGGAAGGAUAAAAGUCUAAAUAGAUUGGAAUUGUCAGAUCCGAACUCUUAUGACGAUUUAGAUUUAUCUUCUGCAACAGCAAUGUCUCAAGAUAACUUUCAAUCUAAUUUAAGCCAUGGAAUGGAUGAAGAGAAACAUCCAGUUCCAAUUUUAGCAAUAUCGGUUGGGCUACUUGGAUUAUUCAUCUCAAUUAAAAGUAUAAUAGACUACAUCAAUGUUAAAAAACUGGAACGUAAGUAUAUGUCACAAGAUCAAGUUUAA